AUGGCUGGACAACCGUCCGCGCUAUCACCUGGUCUAGGCCACGCCCAGAGUCUUUUGGACUUGACUCGCAACCAACGCGCCUCGCAAGCCGAUAUCCGGGCUCUGCUGGCUCGUACCACACAAGCGCUGGACAAAAUUGUUAGCAUUCGUGAGUCUCUGGAAGAAUUUGUUGAUUUCAAACAAUUUGAAAGGAAGCCGCAACGUCUCUCACGACCCUCACGUGUUAGCUCUAGCAUCGCUGAGCUUGGCGAUCACACGGCGCGGUCCACGACAGCCUCCAGUUAUGGAAGCACUGAGACGUCAUCUCUCUCAGAAGGCACACUUGAUCGAUCUACAAAUUCUACGAUUCACUCGUCUUCGUCCUUCGAUGAUGAGGAUGAACACGACGUGGAUAGGGACCGAGAGGAUGAAAUUAAAAGACAUGCGCGUGUGAACAUGAAUGAACGGGGUAGGCUGGAGCUAGAGGAAGCUGAAGAGGGCGAGACAUUUGACGACGAUCAAGCUAGCAGCUCUUUCACAAGCUCCAUUUCUACGGUGGAAGAAAUUGCGCCAUUAAAAGAGGCGCGACUUGAAAGGCUUAAGAGUAUUAACAUAUCAUUCCAUGAGGGGCUACCAAAAGAAUUCUUUCAGUCGCUCUGUCGCUUUUUAAAUUCGGCGUUAGAGGUAAAGACGCGACACUCAAGGUUUAAUUUUUAUAAGGAAGCUUUCACUGGAGGAGAUGCCGUUCGAGAAAUGCUGCUUAGUGGUUUUGCUGUAGACCACCAGACAGCUACAAGGUAUGGAAAUGUAUUGGUAAGGCUUGGUUUUAUCGAGCAUGUGUCUCGCACGGACGAUCAGCUGCACAAUUCCAAGGAUAACUUCUACAGAUUUACUAAGGUGCUCGAGUACGAUGAUCUUUCAGAGGCGUUCGCCUCGGACACAGCCAUACGAAGGCGUGCUUCCAUCAAUGCCAAUAACUACCGUGAAUCAGUCCUUUCAAACGAGUCUAAUGAUGUAAUGGAGUAUGACUUCUCCUCAGCUACAGACGAAGUACACGCACUUGUAACUGAGGAGUCAUUGCACGUUCUGGCUAAGGUGUUACACAAGGUGUUCGAGCGCAAAAACAAGCUGUUAUUCUACAAAGGCUAUUCUGGCUGCUUUUUAGGCGCUGAAGCCAUUAAUGUUAUCCGCGAAAUGCGUAUAACGACCUCACUGAUUGACGCCGUGCUUAUUGGACAAGCGCUACUAGAUGAUGGCCUCAUUGAGCCAAUCGCUACGACAGUCUCUACUUUUCAAGACAAGUACAUUUUCUAUCGUCUCAUGACGAUCCCGUCGUCAUAA